AGUGGGGCCAAACGUUGCAAUUGUCCAAUCUGUCAUAUUCGCUUUUUCUUUGCCUUUGCAAUUCUUAAUUUACAACUUGUCUGAGUCUUCAGAGUCCUACCAAACUGCAAUUCCAAUUUCAACUUCUCCCAUCGAUCACGUCCAAACAUUAACAAUGGAGGAUUCCAAACACCAAUCGAUUCACCCUCCAUCAGAUAAAUCACAAACACCCAAUUUGUCUGAGAGAGCAAAAGAAGAGAUAGCACAUGUUCAUCACAAGGAGACCCAUGGAUUGAGAGAUGAUAUUGAUGUGAAAACCCCAUUGGAGGAUGUUAGAGCUCCUAAUUUGUUUGAGCGAGCAAAAGAAGAGGUUGAAGCUUUAAUCCAUACAAUCCAUCUCAAAGAGGAGUCUUCAACUCGUGGAGGAAGGGAUGAAGAUAGAAAGGAGAACCACAAUCAGCAGAAACCCAUAUCUAAUUCAGAGAUCCACGUGGAGACACCCAAUUUUAUUGAGAAAACCAAGCAAAAGAUUGAAGAAAUCAUACACCAUGAGAAGUCUCCACACCACCAUCACAGAGAAACCCAUGGUACGAGUGAUGACAUUGACGAGAACACCCCAAUUGAUGAGGUUAAGGGUCCAAAUAUAUUUGAAAGAGCAAAAGAAGAAAUUGAGGCUGUUUGGGAGACAAUUCUUCCUAAGAAAAACCUUUAGAAUUAUUCUUUUAGUCCUGCACAAUGAAAGGCCUUGAAAUUUUAUGGUUUUUGUUUAUUUGUGAAGUAAAAGUGUGGAGCUUGGAAUCAAGGAUGUAUAGACAAGUGUAUGUACUUAAAAGGCUAACUGAUCCUUUUGUAAUGAUAUAUGCUGUACUGUUUCAGACAAAAA